GAUAUUCCAAAAUAGUUAAUACUAGUAAUUCGUAAGAAACUACCAAAACAUUUAAUGUAUAUAUAAACUCAAUUUAUAUUGAUCAAAUUUAAUUUAAAAGGUGGGAACAUCACAAUAAUUGUUGUACUCUUAUUUUUAAGAGCUUCCUCAGCAUUUAUACAUUGCAAGCUAGAACUCAAGAGAAACAGUCAAUAGUGUAAUCAAAAUGUGGUUUUUUGGAAGAAAAAAUUCAUCUGGGUUUUCUGCGUCUUCAUCAGCAAAAGAAGUUACACAUGGAAUUGAUGGUACCGGCCUCACUGCCAUUGUCACAGGAGCAUCGAGUGGCAUUGGUGCUGAAACAUCACGAAUUCUUGCUUUACGCGGUGUUCAUGUUAUCAUGUUAGAUAAGAAUAUGGCUGCUGGAACAAAGGUUAGGAAUAAAAUACUCGAAAAAACUCCGAGUGCUAAGGUUGAUAUUGUGGAGUUGGAUUUGAGCUCAAUGGCAUCUAUUAGAAACUUUGCAUCAGAAUUUAAGUCUCUUAAUCAACCCUUGAACAUUCUCAUAAAUAAUGCAGGAGUGUUCGGCUGCCCUUUUACUCUCUCCCAAGACAACAUAGAACUACAAUUCGCGGUAAAUUACUUGGGUCAUUUUCUGCUAACACAUCUGCUGUUGGACACCAUGAAAAACACGGUACUAGAAAGUGGUAUACAGGGAAGGAUUGUUAAUGUUUCAUCAAUAUUUCAUCUAUUCACAUAUCGUAAAGGAAUCCUUUUUUAUGAACUCAAUGAUCCAUCAAGGUACUCUAGAUGUGCUGCAUAUGGUCAAUCAAAACUUGCUAAAAUCCUGCAUGUCAGAGAGCUAGCAAAACAACUUAAGGAUGAUGGGGUUAAUAUAAUAGCUAAUGCAGUUCAUCCUGGAUAUGUUUAUACCAAAAUAGUCAAAAGUAACAGAUUAGUAGAUGCUGUUAACACACUUUCGAGACCUAUUAAUUAUUUUCUCACUAAAGAUAUUCCACAAGGAGCAGCGACGACAUGUUACGUGGCUUUGCAUCCACAAGUAAAAGGCAUAAGUGGUGAAUAUUUCAAUGACUGUGAUUUAGCCAAGCCUUCUAAGCUAGCUCAGGAUAACACCUUGGCUAGGAAAUUGUGGGAGUUCAGCAUGGAGUUGGUCAAAUAAUGUGUCAAAACAUAAUUAUUAAUGUGUUGGUUCUUGAUGUUUAAAAUAAAUGUAAUGCGUAAUAUUAUGUAAAGCAACAUUAAAACUCAAUGAUAAAUAAUUAUACCAUCUCCGUUCAAGUUAUUUGCAACAAUUAGACAUUUUCUACUCACACUUUAUAUCAAAUCAUUGCAAAUAAUAUGAAACUGGGGUGGCAUGUAUUGUGUAUAUAAUAAUACAAGUUAGCGUACUGCUUUGCAAAA